CUGCUGUUGCUGCUACUGUUGCUGCCUCACUGCGCUUUGACGGAAACAUGCUCAGCUGAGUAUUGCAACUAUGCGGGAGAGUGCAGCAUUGUGUCUGAUAAGCCCAAGUGCCGUUGCUAUGCGGAGGCAUUUGAAGGAACAUACUGCGAGCGGGUCAGGAAUCUUUGCCUAACCGAGCAUAAUACAUGCGCCAACAAAGAGAGCUGCCAGCACUACGUAGGCCAAAUCGUAUGCAAUGAGCCGGACACGCGCAGCGCCAGAAUCGAAAGCAUAAGAGCUACCAAGCUCAUAUGUAGCUACAACAUGCGCGCCAUCUACGGCAACAAAGAGCGGCUAGUGCUAAGCUUCGAAGAGCUGGGAGCCGCUCCCUUGCAGCUGAGCAUAUCAACGCCCACUUAUAUGAUAGCACAGCUGCGUCUAGCUGCUGCACCCAAUAAGACCAAAGAUCUAACGACGGAGCUGCAGCAUCUUGGCAUACGCCGGCAUAUGAGAGCGCCUUAUAGUAAGGCGCAGUACUUUGUUUUUCCGACAGAGUAUUACACACUGGGUGAAAAUACCUUGAAUAUAACCAUAGACUCCUUGGAUAAUACUACAAACAAGCGACAACGGCAAACUCUAGCACUCAAGGUGCAUGUGGUGCAACUUAGAGCAACAACUUGUAUACCCAAAGUUGUGUUUCGACAAUGCAUGAAUCCGGAAAAGCCUCGGAUAGUGAAUAUACAGUAUUUCACCAAUAUACAAGCUAUAGUGGAGCACCGUUGCUCAUCCAAUGACAAGAAAUUUACAACAAUGUGGCAAGCGUUAAGCCACGAUAGCCAAGUAAGCUAUUUUAAGUCGGAAGAAAGCACUGACCUGCUGAUCAAGAUACCACGUUAUAAAUUAUGGUAUAAUGAGCUGAUUAAGAAUUAUCCCACAAUGUUGCUUACUCUCAAAUUUUCCUUAAGGGAACAGAACAAUCCGUGGACACACACAAGGUGCUAUUUGAAAGUAACAGCAGGAAGUGUUGUUGCUUGUAUAAAAGGCGGUCAUCGCAGGAAAGUCAAAGCGGGGCAAUAUCUAAUGCUUGAUGGUUCGAGGAGUGAGGAGCCGGCAUAUGAGACCAGUGAGCAGCAGCUGCUCUUUAGUUGGUAUAUAAGCGAGCUCGAUGGGGCCAAUAAGCAGCGUUUAAGCUACCAGAGCGACUCUGCACUCUAUAAUUUAUCAAGCAACUAUCUGAGCAUCGGUGCCACAAAGCUCAUAACACUAGAGGUUGUUAAUAGGCAGAUUGGAGGGCGCAGCAGCAAGGCAACGCAGAUUGUUGAAGCUGUGGGCGACGCAAGGCAUGUGGGCGUGGACAUAGAGUGCGUAACAAACUGUCACAAUAAUAUGUACACCCCGAACGCAAUGCUGCAUGUGGAUGUGUCUUGUGUAUCUUGUUAUAUACCCUUGAGCUACACUUGGACAUUAAACGGCGUCGAUGCGCAGCAAAACAAAUCGCACUUUAUAAAGAUGCUGGAUGCUAGCGUGGACGGUGAGCUGGUGGUGGCAGUGACUGUCAAUUCGCGCAGAACCACAGAGUACGCUGAGCUCAAGCUGCAAAAGCUGCCCGCGCCAGUCGCCGGCCAGUGUGUUAUGGAGCCAACUUCUGGUGCGGAAUGCCAGACCAAGUUUCAAAUCGAAUGCACUGGCUUUGAAGCGCCACAGCAAGAGCCAUUGCUAUAUAGUUUCAAAUACGCUGAUAUUUAUGAGGAGCACAUAUAUGGUGGUGAAACGUUUUUAUAUUUGAAUGGCAAUGAUAAGUUGGUUAUAAACAUUUGUGGCAGACUGGAAUCUUGCGUCAGGUCGGAGCUUAGUUUCACAGUCGAUCCCUUGGAGCUGCCAAAAAAUGCAGCUCAAGUCGAGCAGUUUUUGGAAAAACAUAAUCUGGCCAAUCUAUUUGCGGCAGGUCGCAGACAAGAGGCGUUCUGUAUACUGCAAAGAAUUGCAGCCACAGCAACCGAUCGUGAGGUUGUACAGACGGUUUACCAAACUCUAAAGCAAGACGAAAUACACUCCUUUUUGGAAGUUGCCAACAUGGUAAGCGUGGCGUAUACAAUGGUGCAGCGGCUGGCGCCCAUGACCAACGAGGUGGCAUUAGUUUUACAGGCCCCACUAAAGCGUGCACUGGUUGGCCUUGAUUUUGUGAUAGAAGAUACAGAAAUCAGGGAUAUGACGGUGGACAUGUGCACGCACGUGAGCAGUUUGCUAACGGACUUUGUUAGCUAUGGCAUGCGGGAUAAUAUAGAGAUAACGCACCAAGAGAUCAUGCGCAGAGAUUUUGAUGAUCCCCUCAGCGAAGAAUACCUGGACUGGGAACGGUUCGAUCCGACUGUUUCAAUACGCAUCAGUCGUUUUAUUACAACAAUGUAUUUGGUGUUUAUGCUGUUUCACAACAUUGGUUUGGAGGCCAUGUAUGUUAUGCAAGUCGAAGAGCCCUUUGUCUAUUUAUCUCAGAACGUUAGUCUCAAGUAUCAACUGUUUGAGCAGUUCUCGCACAUUGAACAUAAGCCCAAGAAUAAGGACAAUAAUUGCAUUUUCCAUGUGCCGCUCAGCACAGUAGAUGCGCUUCAAACGCGUUUCAAAACACCAAACUUAUUCGUCACUACCUGGUGCUUCUAUAACAAUAUAUUCUGGUGGGCACCAGACCCCUGGCCCCCCUCGACCGGUGUGUUUAUGAUCAACUUAUUUGGCAAGAACCGCAACCUAGAGCAAACCCACAAUAUGCAAACUGAUGAGGCAUUUCUUCUGGAACUCAAACAAAAUAAAAAAAACACACUGUUUGACAGAUCGGACUAUUUGUACGACAAUAUGCGUGUCUAUAAACAUCGGCUGGAGGGUCAGGUGAAUCUGUUGGUCAAGUUUGUCAACGCAUCCGCCGGACUGCGCGUCUUAAUUACCAUGAACACGAUACCCACAUGGCCAAAACUGCUGAUCGAUAGCUGUUAUGUACCCAAGGGCGGGCAGAAUACGACCAUAAUUUUAAAGAAUCGCUGCCAGGUCGACGGCGUGGUCUACAUAGCCAUUUAUAAAAUGAAUCUAUUCGAUCCAUAUGUCACAUUUACUUUCCGCGCAAGCGCACAGGAGUGCCUCUUGUGGGAUAAUAUGCGCGUUGAGCCAAGUUGGCUACGCAAGCAUUGCUAUCCCAUGAAUUUUGAUCAAAUUCCGACGUACUCCAAGUGUCUCAUUAAGCACAUGUCUAUAUUUGCUGCUAAGGAGUUUCCGGUCAAGCCAUUUUCGCUGCAAGAAGGCCGUCAUCGACACAUAACCGACGCCCAUCUUCCACUCAAUGUGGGCUGUGUGGUUUUCAACAUAGUGCUGUGCCUGUUCGGACUCUUCCUACUUAUUAUGGGCACGUUGCUUCGAAAUCACAAGAAGAAGAAUUUGAUACGCGUUAUCAAAACGAAUGACGAUCAGGAAGCUUUUAGUACGCAAAACAUUAUCUUACAUGUGCGCACGGGCGGCAUGGUAACGGCCUUUACCACGGCGAAUGUAAAGAUGGAUUUUCAUUCUGCGCUCGGCCGCUACAAGGUUGUGAUCUAUCAGGAUCCGUUGUUUCCACAGCUGUGCCGAAACACCUCCUGCAUGAUGCGCUUAAGCGAUGAAAAAUUGCAACUACCCUGCACUAUCACCAUAAGCCAUGAUAAUUCCGGUCGCUACCCAACCUGGUACUGUCAGUCCAUACAGCUGGACGACCUUCGACGCGAUGUCAGCUAUACAUUUAUCGUACACAAGUGGAUAGGAGAUAAGCAAAAGAUAAUCCUAUCUUCGUAUCCGGAAGAUCUCAAAAAUUUAGAUCAAACCCAGAGCCAAAAUUGCUGCAAAUUCUUCUUCAACAAGUUUCGCUACUACACGCGCAUGUAUUACACAAACUGGUUUCUGUUGCAGCCCUUAUUGGGUCCUUGGCGUCUCACCGACCAGAGCUGGAACUUAUUCGAGCGCACCUGCGUCUGGACAUGCAAACUGUUUGUCACGGUCACCAUUGUUUUCUGCUAUUAUCGUACUACAAACAAAGCCAACUACUACAGCUACAAGCAUCGUCACGAUGAGACAUCCACUUCGGAAUUUCUGGCACUAGCGCUCCUAUGUUAUUUUGUCACCCUGCUGGUGCAAGCCUUCUUUACGCACAUAGUGGGUGCAUACGAGUGAAAGUACUUUGAUUAGAUAAUCUAUAAAUAUAUUGGUAUUACUCGUAGUAGGUGAAACAGUCAUGGGUAAAAAUAUCUAUAAGUUUCUAGGUGUUUAAGUAUCGAUAAUAUUAGAGGCAAGGAGGUGCAAAAGCUAAGCUUGCAUUUUGUGUCAAGGCAGCGACAGAUCUGCAGGCAUGUUAUUCUCAAGCUAAGAAUGCGGAAUU